CUCGCGCGUGUGUGUAGCUGUCAGUCCGUCAGUCUGGCAUAGCAGUGCGGAUGAGCCGGAUACGCCAACUUCAAGCAAUAAAGCUGACAAAAUUCACACCGACUUCAGACUCGGACACGUUCCGCGCUCGGAAUACUGGCUGCGCCUAAACACAAACACCUUUUCGGGGCAGACAAACGACAAAGAAAGAAAGUGGGAGUGGGAUUUUGCUUGAGACACAUUUGAAGGGUUGUUGGCUUAGCCUGGCUGGGGUGAGUUAGCAUGCUAACGGAGCAGCGCCGCAGUGGAAGUCUGUCCACCUGCUCUUAUUUCCUCAAAUUAGACUGACGCCGCUCAAAUUGCAUUUUAUUCUUCAUUUUCUGAGGUAUCGGUCAGUAUCUGGUUUGUUUUUUCUUUGAGCGAAGUGUAAGAAAAGCUCCCGAGGGGAGACUGGCUUGGCAGGCUAGCUAGUUAGCAAGUAAGGAGGGCUUACUAAUGAAGUCUUAAGGAGCUUUUGCAGUUUACGGACGAGAACUUAAAUAAUACGGCUUUUGCUCCUAACUUUAAUGUUAUAUGUAACAGCAGACUGUUUUAGCACAUUUGGCGAGGUAUUAAUCUGUCUAGCGAGCUAAUAGUUAAGUUGGUACAGCUAGCUGGCUGCGGUUAGCUAACUGAACGUUAUGCCAAAUUAUAUUUUACUUAGAGACAGUUAGGACCCCACUAGCUUGAAUAAAACACUUGUCACUGUGUGAUAGUUAAUUUAUUGUUAUACAACAAACAAUGGCCUCGGCUGGUAACACUGUCUCAUCGUUUGCGAGCAAAACAAAAACGAAGAAGAAACACUUCGUGGCUCAAAAAGUGAAGCUGUUUCGUGCCAGCGACCCUCUCCUCAGUGUUCUCAUGUGGGGAAUAAAUCAUUCGAUAAACGAGUUGAGCCAUGUUCAGAUCCCCAUCAUGCUUAUGCCUGAUGACUUCAAAGCCUACUCGAAGAUUAAGGUGGACAACCACCUUUUCAACAAAGAGAAUAUGCCAAGCCAUUUUAAGUUUAAAGAGUAUUGCCCUCUUGUUUUCCGUAAUCUGAGAGAGAGGUUCAGCAUCGACGACCAGGACUUCCAGAACUCUUUGACCCGCAGCGCGCCCCUCAUCAGUGAAGCUCAGGGUCGUAGUGGUGCUCGCUUCCACACGUCCUACGACAAGAGGUACGUCAUCAAAACCAUAAGCAGCGAGGACGUGGCUGAGAUGCACAACAUCCUCAAAAAGUACCACCAGUAUAUUGUGGAAUGUCAUGGUACCACACUGCUGCCACAGUUUCUAGGCAUGUACCGCCUCACUGUAGACGGAGAUGAGACUUAUAUGAUAGUCACGCGCAACGUUUUCAGUCACCGGUUGUCUGUGUAUAAGAAAUAUGACCUGAAGGGAUCUACUGUUGCCAGAGAGGCAAGUGACAAAGAAAAGGCUAAAGAACUCCCCACAUACAAAGACAAUGAUUUCAUCAACGAUGGACAGAAAAUAUACAUCGAUGAAGAGAGUAAGAAAAUGUUCCUCGAUAAACUACGAAAGGACGUGGAGUUCCUUGCUUUGCUGAAGUUGAUGGACUACAGCCUUCUGGUUGGGAUCCAUGAUGUGGAAAGGGCAGAGCAAGAGGAGGUGGAGAGCGAGGAUAAUGAGGGAGAAGAGGAAGGAGAGAGUGAUGGAGGCAUUAUCGGCACUCCUCCUGACAGCCCCAGUAACACUCUGGACAGCGCUAAACCACUCUCACCGGGAGACUUCGACCCUAGUAUUGACGUCUAUGCCAUCAAAAGCCAUGACAACUCUCCCAGAAAGGAGGUCUAUUUUAUGGCUGUUAUUGACAUUCUGCAGCAUUAUGAUGCCAAGAAAAAGGCCGCUCAUGCAGCCAAGACAGUAAAGCAUGGGGCAGGGGCAGAGAUUUCCACGGUGAACCCAGAGCAGUACUCGAAGAGAUUCUAUGAUUUCAUCACUACCAUUCUGCCCUAGUCCGAGGCAGCCGAGCUCAGUCCACGGGGGAUGAAGAGGGACGCCAGCAGAGGGGUGUUGAACACUCGCUCGCCCGCUCUGCCACAGGGGGGCACCCCUACAGCAGCUACAACCACCAUUCGUUUACAUUUUGAUUUUCAUUUACUCGUCUUUCUGUUUUGUGGGACCAUGAGAGUGAUGGAAAAGGACAACAGUUCAGACUUUUUUUCGGGGGGUGGGGUGGGGAUAGGGCUUUUUACCGCUUUCUUAUGCAUGCCCCUUAAUCUUGUUUGUUCCAUUUGAUAUUUUUCUUGCCUUUUUAAAGCGGAAGAGGACGGAGAGAGGAAAGAGAGCUCAUGUGCUGGUCUGUGGCUCAGUUAGUAGAAUCAGGCCUCUGAAAAGAGAGAGGAAAAAAAAAGAGGCCCGAAACGCAACUUGUAAGCGUUCUCUCACUGAAUCAUUCAUCGAAUCCCUAGCCGAUCUCACUUCACGCAAACCCUCGGCUGCCCCGCUCCGCUUUACUCCACCGGGGGUCAACAGCUCCACGGAGAGGCACCUGAAGCACUUGACAACUCUCCUUACUCGCGCGGUCCUCUUCAUUCUCUGGACAGACUUAACCAGAAACGCUCUUUGAGCCAUUUACAAAAAGGAGGACCCUAACUUGCCUUGUGUGGACAGACAACCGAAUCUGACUGUUUUGCAUGUUCCUUCAGUGUUCUGAGGCAAACGCGUCCGAAACGGUGGCCGAAGGUUCUCGUAGGUAUUUUUAUUUUUUAGUUUAUUUUUUUAGUUUGUUUAAGUUGAGUUUUGUUUUGCAGCAACUUGACAGGAGGGAGAAUGAAGACACUGAGGCAGCAGGAUCAGUGGUUUCUCUUCGGUCAUCAGUGAAUUCUGUUACAUUAGUGAUUCAGUUGCCAUCAGCACCUUAAACUGUUGCACUUUUUAUUAGGAUCACUCGGUCUGUUACAAGCUGCAACGAUAGCACUAUGAGGCACUGUUCAACGCAGCCUUGCCGUUUCACGUGUUCUCACGCAUACGCUUGUUCUCAACAGACAAAAACAUAGUUUACCUCUUGCAUCGUACCAGGACACACCGAUUUGUGUUGUUUCAGUAUUCCACGGAGGUUUGGGGAAGGGGUGCUUUGUUUAAUUUUUUUUUUUUUUUAUUCAUUUUAAAA